UUCAAAGGUAAAGCAGGAAGGUCCUCUCGAUUAAUUACCGACGUCAUGAAGUGGUAGCCAUUUUUCCCACGAUUUUCUGCUACCACACGACCUGUCAAAUUUUUGUUGUUUUCGCAAACAACUUGAAUAGAUACAAAUAGCGAAUACUUGAUUGAUUAGAACAACGUAGUAUUGGAUCAGUGACGUAGCUUGGCUUUGCAACAACAUUUUGAUGUAUACUUGGAAUAUAAUAUCUGAAAUAUUAUAUGAUGAAACGAUAUGCGAAUUCUUGUUGAUCUCGAUUCAUCGAUUAUAGGAAACUUCCUUGUGUUCGAAUUUCCAAAUACUUGAUGCUGAAAUAUUUCUUUCAGGUGCCAGGUGCCUCGGAUCACAAUUCCUCAAAUUGUUGCUGCACAAAAACUUGGAUUUGGGUAGAGUAUUAUCUUGUAGACGCAAGAUGAAAGUCAAGCGAAGCAAGUCUCGAUCACCCGAACCCUCCAGUAGCAAUGAAUAUAAAAGGCCUAGGAUCAUUGAUUCUGAUCAAAAAAAUGAUGACCAGCUUGAAUCUAAUCUUCUCAACCUGUCGGACGACGUUUUAUUGAAUAUCAUGAAAUACUUGAAUCCGCAAGAUCUGAUGGCUCUGAGUCUCUGCUGUCAACGACUGGAGCAAGUAACACGUGAUAGAACACUGUGGAGUUCGGUUGAUUUUCGCAAGUCUCCAAUAAUGUUAGAGGACCUUGAAAAAUAUGUGAAAUUUUUUAGACCCUGGAUAACAAAACUCAGAAUACGAGGAAAUCUACAAUCCGAUAGAUAUCAAGGUCUAAGUCAAAGCUUUUUCACAGCUAUUGGUGAGAUUUGUAAUCGACUUAAAGAGCUGACCGUGGAAGAAUACGCGAUCGACGGGAACAAAAUACAAAUUACUGAUUUUCCAAAAAUGAUAGAGACUUUAUCGCUGAAAGGCUGUGAUCUUUAUCAUCUGCAAACCAACAAAUCCUACUUCUUCAAAAUGGAACUUCACAUGCCGAAUUUAACGUGUUUGAUACUAAGCAAUUGCGAGUGGUUUACACCGCAUUCUCUGAUGGUGAUCAGUAAGAUGCCUAAGUUGAAAGAACUCCGACUCGAUUCGUGUCAUCGUCUCAGCGAAUGCCUUGCCUAUGCGAGUCUGGCGACAAAAUUUGGUUUCAAAACCUUAGAGGUUCUUGACCUGCGAGAUACAGCAUUAGGAGACAGUGAAAUCAGCUGUUUCAAAAGCACGAAGACUUUGACACACUUAUAUCUAGAAUGCCCACCAAUGCUUAGAAAAGUUCGACGACCAUCAGAAGGCACACCUCCUCAUGAGCCGCCGAUGCAUCGACCAGUAUUUGAAGAUCACAAUCUAUUGCAGCUAUUAGUUGACGAAGGGAACUUGAUGCCUCGACAUAAUUUUGAGCUGUGUCUCAUAUCAGAUCGUGCUGUAUGCGCGUUGGGAAGUUAUGUAUGUGAUCAAAGAAUUCUAAAUAGUAUAGAGGGAAUGAUUUUUGUUGAGGAGGACAGACGCAUUGUCAAUAAUCCGAACCUUAAAGCGCUGGUUGUCAGAUAUUACCCACAGGUAACGAAUCAAAGUCUGGUACAUUUGGCAGCGAAUGCAUCGAGCCUCGAAUAUCUUGAUGUAACUGGCACUGCGGUUACCCAGGAGGGUGUUCAAACUUUUAGAUCACAAAAGCCUGGCGUCGAAAUAUUAUCAUCUUUCGAUGAGACCUGAUCUGAGGUAUUAAAAGUGUAAGCAUCAAAUUCAAAUGUCAGACAGAAUUUUAUACCAGUAACAUUGGAUUUUUUUUCGCAUAACGCGUAAAUAUUACAGAAUCAAAAUUAUGCAUUAAUAUCUGUUUGACGUAUGAUAAAUCGAAAAUAAAAUAAAAUUUAUCAUCGAUGUCCAAUGUAAGUACUUUACAUGUGGGGAAUUCCAGCUCAACUCAACCAUGCUCGAAACCUCAUGCUCUUCGAUUUUUUUUUAACAUUUUUUUGGUAGGCAGUACUACUCGAAGUAACUAAAAUCAAUUCUUUAAGAUUUUUUCCGAAAAAUCUGUCUUAGUUAUGACCUCCAUAAUUUUGAUGCCACUCAAAAUUGAGAUUUCUUCUAACGACAAUAUCUUCACAACCGACCAUCGUAUCAAAAAAUAUCAUCAGAUCAAAUUUACGUAUUUUAGAGUGAAAUCUUGAAAAAAAUUUAUUAUGGAAUUUUCAACUCCCCAUACCCAUACAAGCAGGAAACUACCCCUGGAAAGUGAACAAUCUGGCUAACAGGUCUUUCAACCCUUUGAAAUUGGUUUUGGUUACUUCGAGUAGUACUACCUACAAAAAAAAAUAUUAAACAAAAAUCGAAUACCAUGAGGUUCCGAGCAUGGUUUAGUUGAGCCGGAAUUCCCCAUAUAUUAUACAUUUUCAAAUAUCUAAGCUAUGGUGCAUUGAAUUCUUUUUUUUUUACUAUUAAAUUAAAUGAUAAUUCAUAUUAAUAUAUUGUAAAUGGUAAUUAAAAGAUUGAACUGCAAUGACAAGAAAUGAUCUUGAUGAUACAAUCGAUUGUCAACAAUAAUAAUUUGAUGCACAUUAUUUAUUCACCAAGAACUCGUGCGUAUGCGAAACAUAAGGAGAUAUUCAGAAUUUCUUUUAUCGAAAAUACCUAUAUGAUUUUUGUUAUUCUUUUGGAAUCUUAAUUAUUUGGAUUAUGAAAUUAUCGGAUAUUGACCAAAUGUUAUCGUCUGUGUGCUAGUGUGUUUAGCAAUAGAAUACUUCGUUCACAUUGCGCUUGUAUUAAAACAUUGUCAAUUUCAAUAUUACUAUCAGUACCAUUGUUGCAUCGAACAAGUUUUUGUAUCUGUAAACAAUAAAUUGUACUUUUUUCAAAGGCAAAGGUAA